AUGGCCAAAAAGAGGAAGGGAAAGAAGGGAGCUACCAAUCGACUGCCGGCCAAUUCAGUGGUGCCCGACAUUGACAACGGGAGUAGCAGCAACCUACCUAGAGGUGACGGUUCGUCUGCACUCCCCGAAAAUGUCGAACCUAAGCUAUCAUUUAAAUAUCAAACAUAUGAUUGGCACACUGGUCAAUUUAAAGACUGCCCUAUAUCAUCGUUAUAUUCUUCCCCACCAUCAGAUGACGGUAAUGGUGAACCUACCGCUGACGCAGAACCAAAAAAGGACGUCCCCUUGGACCAACAACCACAAGAUGCACCAGCGGCUGAUGUUGAUGCUGGAAAAGAUGCUCCUGGAACAUCCCCAGGUAUAACGGAAAAUGAGACUUCCGAGGAGACCCAAAAGACAGCAGAGGAGGAAAAACCAAACGAAGGAACGCCGUCUACAGAAGACAGGCCGGGGGAAGAGACGGCAAAAGAAGCUCCAGCUACGGAAGAUCCUCCUUCUGAAGGAGCUCCUGUUGAAGAAAAUGCUGUUCUGGAAGAGGCCCCGGUAAAAGAGGAGCCAGCAACAGAAGCUCCAGCUACGGAAAAUCCUCCUUCUGAAGAAACUUCUACCGAAGAAAAGGCUAUUCCAGAAGAGGCCCCAGCAAAAGAAGAACCAACAACAGAAGCUCCAGCUGCAGAAAAUCCUCCUUCUGAAGAAGUUCUCUCCGAAGAAAAACCGGCUGCGGAAGAGACUGCGGUGGAACAGGAGCCGGUAAUAGAAACACCGGCUUCAGAAGGUCCGUCUGCUAAAGAAGCCCCAGCCCCCGAAGAAAACACACCUGCAGAAGCGGCCCCAGCUGAAGAAAACUCAGUUUCAGGAGAGACCCAAACAGAACAAGAGCCACCAGCAAAAGUGCCAGCUGUGGAAGAGUCACCUGCUGAAGAAACAUCUGCUCCGGGAGAAUUACCUGCUGAGGAGACCCCGAUCGACGAAGCUCCAGCCGCGGAAGAGACUCCAACUGCGGAUGAGGUUGAGAAGGAGCCUGCAGAAGAGGCACUGACAAAAGAGAUAAGCACAGAAGAGGACCCCACAGAGAAGCCAGCAGCUGCAGAAGAACCAUCUGUUGAAGAAACAUGCCCCGAAGAGGCUCCUGUCGGAAAAGAGUCUCCUGUAGAAGAAUCUCCGGCGAAAGAAGUUCCAACUGAAACAUCAACUGCAGAGGCAUCUUCAGCUGUGGAAGAACCCCCUGCUGAAGAGGCUCCCACCGGAGGAGCACCUUCAGAAGAGACAGCUAUGGAAGAAACACCCGUCGAAGGGACGCCGGCUCCUGAAGAAGCGCAGCCCCGAGAAGAAUCACCUGUGGAAAAGACUGCCAGUGAGGAAGCAGCACCUCCAGAAGAACCUCCGGCUGCAGAAGAGUCACCUACCAAAGAAGAUCAGGCUCCAAAAGAAGUCCCAGCUACUGAAGAACCUUCAGCUGGAAAGGAGAAUCCGGCUGAGGAAGGGCCGGCGCCUGAACUGUCAGAAGAGGGAGAGAAACUAGUUGAAGUAACACCAGAGGUGCCAAUUGAAGGAGAAGCAGCUGAUACUGACAAAGUAGGUAUUGAGGAAGAAAACAAGGGAACGGCCGAAGGAGGGAAAAACGACACAGCGGACGCAGCACCUGAUACACGUAAUGUCAAAGAGGGCGAAAAUGCACCCGAUAUUGAUGUGCCCAAACCGUCAAACGACCAUGCCGAAGUAACUACUGAAGAAAAGGAAGAAACAAGCGUCGCAGAACCG